ACGGACCUGCUGGAAGACGCACAGCGAUUUGAGCCUACGAUGCAGACACAGCUUCAAAUCAGCGAUACUCUCGCAUUCUCCUCCUACCAGCGCGUCUGAUUAUAAGGAUUUUACAGAAAUCACUCUUUUUUGGGACUUAUUUUAUGUUAUAUUUCUAACGAAGACGUUCUUUACAUUUUUCAGUUUCCGAUAAAUGUAUUUCCUUCCAUUUCAGUGAGAAUUGGGUCAUGAUCACAUCGCCCUCGAUCUCUGCUCUGAGAAAUAGUAUUACUAACCAAGUCUGGGAAAGCAGCGGCUCUGGGAAGAACAGCUCCGCGAACGUAAAUAAACCCUUCCUUCACUCCGUUCCUCCGUCGGACCCUCUACGGCAAGCUAACCGUCUGCCCAUCAAGGUUUUGAAAAUGCUCACGGCACGGGCAGGACACAUUUUGCACCCCGAAUACCUCCAACCCUUGCCAUCUACACCGGUUAGUCCCAUUGAGUUAGAUGCCAAGAAAAGUCCACUGGCCCUUUUGGCACAAACGUGCUCUCAAAUCGGUAAGCCGGAUCCCCCUCCCUCUUCAAAGCUGUCCUCCGUCACCUCGAAUGGAUCUAGUGACAAAGAUUCAAAAUCCGGUCCCUUGAAAAUGAGUGACAUUGGAGUUGAAGACAAAUCUAGCUUCAAACCUUACUCAAAAUCAUCUGAAAAGAAGGACUCGUCGUCCGGGGUUUCUAGUGGAGAUAAAUCUGGUUUCCGUGUACCUAGCGCCACCUGCCAGCCGUUUACCCCAAGGACAGGCAGUCCGAAUUCCUGCACUUCGGCAUCUCCACUCCCCGUAGAGGGCAAGUCGGGAGACAGAGAGGAAAAGAAAGAAUCUGAUAGUAAUAAGAACGGCACAACGGAGGGGCCUGGAACCACUAGCAUCAGCCACAGUAGGAUAAGUGUAAACUGUGGUGGAAUUAACGUGGAGGUCAACCAACACCAGGAGACGACACCGGGAUCAAAAGCAAUUACAUCAGACUCAUCAUCUGUAUCAUCAGCUUCGUCCGUUCUCGGAUCAGGGCUUGUAGCCCCGGUUUCCCCUUACAAACCCGGUCAGACUGUUUUUCCUCUACCACCUGCUGGCAUGUCAUACCCUGGGUCUUUAGCAGGGGCCUACGCUGGCUAUCCUCAACACUUCCUGCCCCACGGAGUGACUUUAGAUCCAACUAAACCCAGCAGUCAUUUAAUUAACGCACAGUUUGCCGCUGCGAGUUCACUUGGCUGCAGUAAAGCAGGAUCAAGCCCUUUAGCCGGAGCCUCACCUCCAUCGAUAAUGUCUGCUAGCAUUUGUAGAGACCCGUACUGUCUAAGUUACCACUGCGCAAGCCACUUGGCUGGAGCGGCCAGUGCCUCUUGCUCGCACGACUCCGCAGCUGCCGCGGCCGCCACGGCUCUCAAAUCUGGAUACCCUCUCAUGUACCCGACGCACCCGUUACACAGCGUUCACUCCUCGCCGCCAUCUUUUGCUGGACACCCUCUGUACCCCUAUGGCUUCAUGCUCCCCAACGACCCCCUUCCGCACGUCUGUAACUGGGUGUCAGCGAAUGGACCGUGCGACAAGCGUUUUUCUUCCUCAGAAGAACUUCUGAAUCACUUGCGGACCCACACUGCCUUCACGGGAACGGAGAAAUUGAUAUCAGGAUACCCUAGUUCAUCAUCAUUAGCUAGUGCUGCUGCAGCAGCCAUGGCAUGCCACAUGCACAUGCCCCCAGCAGGAGCCCCUGGUAGCCCCGGAACUUUGGCACUUAGGAACCCGCAUCACGCGCUGGGACUAAGCAGCCGCUACCAUCCGUAUUCGAAGAGCCCUUUGCCAACCCCAGGCGCACCGGUUCCAGUGCCCGCAGCAACUGGUCCAUAUUACUCUCCGUAUGCAUUGUACGGACAGAGACUUACCACAGCAUCGGCACUGGGAUACCAGUAAAACAGACUAAUACUAAAAGUAGAAGAAAACAUUAAAAUAUUGAGACUUUUAUAUUGACUGUCCACUUCAGGACUGGAUCCGUGGACCCGUUGUAUUUAUUUAUGUUAGCUUCAAGCGGGACAAUAAUAAAAUAAUAAUUAUAAUACCUGAAAGAGAAACUCAAAGUGCAUUACUUUAAACUGAGCUCUAUAGGAAAAGUGAAAC